AGAGAAAAGAAAGAGAGAGAGAGAGAGAGAGAGUGAAAGAGAGGGAAGAAAAAUGUGGAUUCAAGUGCGUACUAUCGACGGCAAACAAACCCGGUGCAUCGACGACUUGUCCCGACUGACCAAGAUCGAGGGCUUGAGGGUGAAGAUCCAGGAGAGCUUCAGUGUGGACCCGGACUGCCAGCGCCUGUUCUACAGAGGCAAACAGUUGGAAGAUGGCCAUACACUGUUUGAUUACAACGUGGGACUGAAUGAUAUCAUCCAACUUCUGAUCCGCCAGCCUUCGACCUCCACGGCGAAGAAAAAGGAAAAUGAGAUUGAGCUAUCUGACAGCGACUCCGGCUGUGGUUCUUCGCAGAGCGAAUGUGACAAAACCUCCAGCGGGGAAAACAAUAAAAAGAAUCGUCCAACCACAUCGACUCGAUCAUUUCUCAUAGAUCCAGGCUUCGGGUUGUACAAGAUUAACGAACUGGUGGACGCUCGCGACCUUGUCAUCGGAGCAUGGUUUGAAGCUCACGUUGUGAAUGUUACACGCAGCACAAAGGGACAGAAAAGUGUAACGCUGAAAAAUGAUGCUAACGGAAAUGAAAGGACAGGAGCAAAUGCUCAGUGUACUAAAGAUCCCUCGGACCAAGAGCAGUCACAGCACUGUAGUGGGAUCACAUCAAAUAAUUCAGACUCUACACCUUCCACAUCUAAUGUGGCACCUACGAACAAUGAUAUUGUAUAUCAUAUCAAGUAUGACGACUAUCCAGAGAAUGGAAUAGUGGAAAUGCAUGCAGAAAAUGUUCGUCCACGGGCAAGGACCAUUUUGAAGUGGGAUCAGCUACAAAUGGGACAAGUGGUGAUGGUGAACUACAAUUUAGAGAUACCAGAAGAACGCGGCUUCUGGUUUGACGCAGAAGUUUCUGCUAUGAAGGAAACGUCAAGGACAAAUAAAGAAAUCUUUGUUAAAAUCCUCUUGGGUGGUCCUCUGGACAUCAUAGGUGACUGCAAGAUUCAGUUUUUGGAUGAAAUCUACAAGAUCGAAGAACCUGGGACAGAUCCGAUCACGUUGGCAGAGGGGCAGUUUAAAAGAAAGAGUGGUCCUGAGUGCAAAUACUGCAAGGCAGACCCCGACGCCGAGUGCAGAUUCUGUGCUUGUCGUCUAUGUGGUGGGAAGCAGGACCCAGCUAUGCAGCUCUUGUGUGAUGAGUGCAAUAUGGCGUAUCACAUAUACUGCUUGAACCCUCCACUGAACAAGAUACCAGAGGAUGAGGACUGGUAUUGCCCUUCAUGUAAAAAUGACACCAGCGAAGUUGUGCGAGCUGGGGAACUGAAGGAGAGCAAAAAGAAGGCGAAGAUGCCAUCCGCCAGCACUGUCAGCCAGAGAGACUGGGGCAAGGGCAUGGCCUGCGUUGGGCGAACAAAGGAAUGUACAAUAGUUCCUUCCAACCACUAUGGGCCCAUUCCUGGGACUCCUGUUGGCACAAUGUGGAAGUUCAGAGUUCAGGUGAGUGAAGCAGGUGUCCACAGGCCACACGUUGGAGGAAUUCAUGGACGAAGCAAUGAUGGCGCAUACUCCCUGGUUCUUGCCGGCGGCUUUGAGGAUGAAGUGGAUAGAGGCAAUGAGUUCACGUACACCGGGAGUGGAGGCCGAGACCUCUCUGGAAACAAGCGAAUUGGAGAGCAGUCCUAUGAUCAGGCAUUAACCAACAUGAACCGGGCAUUGGCUCUUAAUUGUGAUGCCCCGCUGAACGAUGAGAUUGGAGCAGAAGCUCGAGACUGGAGAGCUGGGAAACCAGUCCGUGUUGUCAGGAGCUCCAAAGGACGCAAAGUCAGCAAAUAUGCACCGGAGGAAGGCAAUCGCUACGAUGGAAUUUACAAGGUGGUAAAAUACUGGCCAGAAAUUGGAAAGUCGGGCUUCCUUGUGUGGCGUUAUCUGUUGAGACGCGAUGAUGUAGAGCCCUCUCCUUGGACUCCAGAGGGAAAAGAUAGGACAAAGAAGCUGGGUUUGAAGAUACAGUAUCCUGAAGGUUACCUGGAAGCUAUGGCCAACAAGGAGAAAAAAGGGAAGAAGCCGGACGCCAGAACCACCAAGGUGGACAAUCGCAGCAGAACAACUCCAAAGAGGCAGCAAGGAAACAACGCUGAGAAUGCGACUGAGCCAGUGGCUGUGACUCCACCUCCAGUGAAGAGCAUGAAGCUUGCUCAGGAUGACGCUGAGGGAGAAAAAUACCAGCUUACAUCACAACAACAGUGGUUGAUCAGAGAGGACUGCUUAAAUAAGAAGCUUUGGGAUGAGGCUCUUGCCUCUCUUAUGGAAGGCCCGAAAUUCUUGCGGAGAUUGGAGCAGAUCUUUAUGUGCAUUUGCUGCCAGGAAUUGGUUUUCCAGCCAAUCACCACAGAAUGCCAGCACAAUGUCUGCAGGAGCUGCCUGCAGCGAUCGUUCCGAGCCCAGGUGUACACUUGUCCGGCUUGCCGUCAUGAACUUGGAAAAGACUACAACAUGGUCCCCAACAAGGUUCUCCAAUCUAUUCUGGACCAGUUUUUUCCAGGAUACAGCAAGGGACGAUGACACUCAUCGGUGUAAAUGGCUCUCCCAUCUGCACACGUUUUUACAAGGGGGAAAUAGAGAGAGAGCGAGAGAGAGAAGUAAUUCAAUGAUGGACCAAUAGGCCUGAAGGCAAACAACUUGAGACAACCAUUGUAGAACCGCUAAUGUUUCUUCCCCCAUUGGACCAUCUUAAACAUCUCAUUAUUAUACAGUGCAUAAUGCAGUAUAUUGCUCUUAUUCCAUUGACUGUCUGAUAACAUCUAAGGUAGUUCUUGCCAAUCUGUAGACUAAAAUUGCUCAGUACCAAAAUAUAAAUUGGUCUGAUGCUUGACUUUUUAAAAAAAAAUACUACCUCAAGACAGUGGAAAGGAAUUUAAGGGGAGUUUUCAGUCAAAACGAAGUCCAGCUACACACUGCCUCCUCAAAUUGAUAUUAUCUGUGCCUGGUCCAUAAAUGCUUGGUUUUGAAAUGUAAUAGCACUGAAAAUUAUAAAUGAUUUUAAAGUAAUUCUGUGGUGAGUAUAUCUCUCUUUACUUUGAUUUUAUAAUGUUGCUAUUUUGAAAACAUUUUUAAAAAUUAAAAAACAGCAAGUUAACAGGCUUUUCUUGUGAGGUUAAGUGUGGUUUCUUGUUAUAUUUUGAACGGUUUGACUACUAAUGGCUUCUAAGGUUAAAAUUCUGUAACAUUGUAUCUCCAUUAGUGUUCAGUGAUUUCUGUAUUAUGUUUGCAUUUCAAAAUGCAUAAAAGAAAAAAAAGCACUUCUAGUUGAACAGAAUACAUUAUGUAAAAAACAUUUGUUAUUACUGAAUAUGCCACUUUUAGAAUUUUAGUCGCACAUUAUAUAUAUUAUAACUAGAUUAUUUGUUUGUGGCAAUUAUGUCUGUAUCGGUGUUUAAGCAAUGCUAGCUUGGAGAGGGUUAGAAAAACUAUUCAUAUUUGUGAUUUUGAAAUUUGAUAUAUAUUCCUUGACCAGUACUUACCAAUAAACAUGUUAACAUUUGAAAUGUA